AUGAGUACCCCUUUAACCACCGAGGAGCGCGAGCGCUAUACCGCUAUCAUCGACAACAUCCUCGAGACAUCCGACCUCGAAACUAUCUCGCGAAAGAAGAUCAGGCAGGGUUUGGAAGAUGCCCUUGGAGGCCAAGAUUUGAGCGAGCAGAAGAGUGCCAUAAAACGGCUGAUUGAAGCCCGCUUUGAUGCUGUCUCGGGAGUUGACAAUGGCGCCGGCCCUCCAUCUACCAAUGGCGCAGCCAACGGCCAAUCCGACGUAGGCGAAACCGAACCAUCUGCGACACCUGAGCCUUCACGAAAGAAGGUCAAGCGAUCACCCUCCGAAGAUACGGACGCCAAGCUCGCCGCCCAACUACAGGCGCAGGAGAACAGUCUAGCCAGAGGACGCAAGACACGAGGAGGCGAUAAAGCAAAGCCGACCAAGAAGAAGGCAGCACCGCGCAAGAAGAGCGCAAAGAAGGUCAAGGCCGACGACGAUAGCGAUCUAGAGCCGGCAGAUGGCGAGGUUGGCAAGAAGAGGAAAGCUGGUGGUGGCUUCCAGAAGCCUUUCAACCUCAGUGAAACUCUUUCUGAGCUCGUUGGUGAGACCCAGCUAUCCCGGCCCCAGGUGGUCAAGAAGCUCUGGGAGCACAUCAAAGCGAACGACCUUCAAGACCCUAAGGACAAGCGUCAAAUUAUUUGCGACGACAAGAUGCAAGCAGUCUUCAAACAAGGAAGAGUGGACAUGUUCCGGAUGAACAAGGACAUUGGCAGCCACCUCUAUCCUGUCGGCGAAGAAUAA